AUGGCGGAAAGAAGAAGGCCCUACAGUGUAGAGGAAGCAAUGGAGGAACUCGUGGGACCUAAUGGGAAAAAAUGGGCCAAUAUGGAUCCAGAAGAACGAAUGUUAGUGGCUGCUAAAGCGUUUACCCAGCUAUGUGCAGGGCAGGGUGCGGGAGAUGUCAGGAGAGAAGCCCAAUCUACCCAGUAUGAUCCCUAUAGUAAAGCUUCAGUAAGCCCAGGGAAGCAACCUGCUGCUUUUCCUUUACAAGUGCAGUACCCACACAUGGAAAAUAUCACUUCAGAAACAGUCCCAGGGGCCUCCCAAAGACUCCGAAAGCCAGUGAUGAAGAGGAAGGUGCUGCGCAGAAAGCCAGAUGGGGAAGUAUUAGUGACAGAUGAGUCAAUUAUCAGUGAAUCCGAGUCUGGUACAGAAAGUGAUAUGGAUCUCUGGGACUUAAGACAAAGGCUGAUGAAUCUGCAGUUCCAGGAAGACAGGGAAUCCCCAGGUGAAAUUUCACAAAAAUUUAAUGUACCACACGAAUACCAAAGACUUACUCAAGGAGAUCAACUCAUUUACUAUCUUGAAAGAGAAGGAAUGGGCCCCCCAGCUUAUGAACAAGACCUGAUUGUUGCCAGCCGACCCAAAUCCUUUAUUCUUCCAAGGCUGGACCAGUUAAGCCGAAACCGGGGCAAGAUAGACCGGGUAGCCCGAUAUUUUGAGUACAAACGAGAUUGGGACGCAAUGCGGUUACCUGGUGAAGAUCAUAGGAAGGAAUUACGCUGGAGUGUCCGAGAGCAGAUGCUUUGUCGAGCAGAACCCCACUCCAAGCCUCAGCACAUAUAUGUUCCAAACAAUUACCUAGUACCAACUGAGAAGAAAAGAUCUGCCCUUCGAUGGGGUGUUCGUUGUGACCUUGCAAAUGGUAUCAUGCCCAGGAAGCUCCCCUUUCCUCUUUCUCCUUCUUAA